AUGCGGGCAAAGGCCGACAACUCACCAAGGAACAGAAAUCGAAAUCAGGAAAGUAGGGAACCUCGUAACAACCCUCGCAGCUCCCCAACCCGUCCUCAAGCAACCAUACAAGCCAUCCAGGACAUACCAGACCGGCUUUUUGAAGGGAACGUCUUUAUAGGCGGAGACUUCAACCUCCUACACCAUAACUGGCAACCCACCUAUGAGGGCAACCACUAUCCAGGAGCAGCCCCAUUCGUCAGAUGGCUGGAUAGACUACAGUUGAUCUAUACAUCCGAAAUCGACAAACCCACGCACAGGGCAGGCAAUGUCCUAGACCUAGCUUUCUGCUCAACCAACCUAUUCCAACAAGGUCUGAACACAAGGAUAGCAGACCAUCUGGACUCAACCUCUGACCACUUCCCCCUUCUCACCAACAUCCCAUGGAGCACAAAGAUAACACAUACACAUAAAAAGCUUAGAAUCCGUAGCCUCGAACCCGACCUCUUUAAAGAACUCCUGAAUAUCAAUCUCACAAAGGUUAAUACUACACCACAAAAUGAAGAAGAACUCGAUAGACAUACCGAGGACCUCGUCUCGGCAAUACUCAACUCCUAUAACGGAGCAGCUAAGCGGGCCCUAGGACAGAACACCGACCAACCAUGGUGGAAUAACGACUGCAGCGAUGCACGGUCCCGGUAUCGCCACCAACAAAUUGACAAGAAAACCUUCAGACGAGUAAUCAGAAGAGCACAAAAAACCUUCUACCAAGAAAAACUGGACCAGGCCCAACAGGCAAAAGAUGUAUUCGCAAUGACGAAAUGGCACAGAUCCUCCGGAUCCUUCCAUUCCCCCCCCAUGAAGGACCCAAUGGAACCAGACGCCACACCCGCGACAGGGACGCUAGACAAGCAAAGAAUCCUAAUAAACAACCUCCUCAGAAGAACUACGGAGGUCGGCGACAUACCAACCGAUUGCCCCACGGUUCCAUCGAUUGCACUCCCCUCCCCGGUCAUCAACGAACUCUCGAUCCGCGAAGCUGUACUAGGAGCGGGCAACACUGCCCCAGGCGCAGAUGAGCUCCCAACGAGCAUCUUAAAGAUAGCCUGGCCCCUUAUUGAGUCCUUCGUCACCCAACUCUAUCAUAGCUGCAUAAGAAUUGGUCACCAUCCAAAACCCUUCCGUAGCGCGAUCCUCACGAUCAUACCCAAACCCAAUAAGGCUGACCUCUCAUCCCUGAGAUCCUACAGACCUAUAGCCCUCCUAUCCGUACUGGGUAAAGGUCUUGAACGCCUCAUCGCCAGACAAAUGUCCUGGACAUCGGUCACCCAUUUAGUACUAGCCUCUCAACAGUUUGGGGCCCUUCCCCUUCGGUCAGCCGUAGACCUCACAACCUGCCUCACCCACGACGUCGAGCAGGCACUUAACUCCAGGGAGUCAGCCUCGCUCCUAACCUUAGACAUCAAAGGAGCUUUCGAUGCUGUCCUCCCAGGCCGGCUAAUCCGGAGACUCCGAGAACAAGGAUGGCCCCACAACUUGAUCAAAUGGAUCAUUUCCUUUUCGACCGGAAGGAUGGGGCAAGACACGGUCAAGUUCGGAUACGCGGACGACGUAGCUAUACUAGCCGCCUCGAAAUCCCUGGCCGAUAACGCCGAGCGAAUCACAUCCACAGUUGACGAGAUUGUAAAUUGGGGCACAUCGGAAGGCAUCACCUUCGACCCCGGCAAGUCCGAAUUGAUCCAUUUCUCCAAGCAUAAGUCAGACAAGGAUCCCAACUCAACCCCAACGGUCACCAUAGAAGACUGUGUAAUCAAGGAACUCAACAAUGGGAAGCCCUACCUUCGGUGGCUUGGCAUCCUCUUUGACAAAAAGUUGUCCUUCAAAUGGCAUGUGAGAGAGCUCACUGCUAAAGCAUUGAUAAUGGCCAAGGCCCUCAAGUCUCUUGGAAACACGACAAGAGGAGUCCCAGCCAACCUACUUCGACAAGCAGCUGAAGCCUGCGUACUCAAGAAAGCGUAUUACGGCGCCGAGACAUGGUGGCCAGGCCGAUCACGCCCAGGCAACGACCACAGCACCAACAAUGGAGUCGACAAUCAUAUCAAUUUCCUCAACAGACUCACCUUAGAGUGUGCCAGAGCAAUACUACCGGUCUGGAGUACAACGAACACAGCAACCCUCUACCAAGAAACGGGACUCAGACCUCCUGAGAUUGAACUCGACAACAUGGCCCGCACAGCGGCAGUCAGAACCAGAAGGCUAGAUCCUUACCACCCCCUUACGUGGAGAGCAGAGUGGAUCCAAGAGAGCCCAAACCGCUUUAAAACACGAUACGCUAGGCGUAUCCUCUCACUCCCGCCGUCGGAACGGAUCAACCCCCUGGCGGCCCCUAAGUGGCUCGACCCCGAAACGAGGGAAGAAAUCCUGCAACGCAUACACGGCCCUAUAGGCCGUUCCAAAGACGAAGCAGCGACCGACUUCAAUGAGUUCUACAACCUACUCCCCUGCAAAGACAUCGUAAUCUUCUCAGACGGAUCGAAACACGCAAACGGCAGCACUGGAAGCGGUUUUGUCGGCUAUCAGAACAACCGUAAGAUCUGCGAAGGGAGCUCGGCAUUGGGGAAAAACAAGGAGGUUUAUGAUACAGAAGCGGUAGCAGCAUUUGAGGGCCUCAGAGCGGCAACAACCUCGUUAGAAGCAGGUACAGCAGCGGACAUAUAG